AUGAGUGGAAUCAGAAGUUCAGAAAUCAGCCCUCAGGCCACUGCCUCAUCCCUCAGGUCAAAUAUAUUCGUUAUACCUGAAGCCGCCCCUGGACUCCUGGAGUCUGCACUCUGCACGACUGGGCUGGACUCGCUGGACUCGCUGGAGGCUGGAAUCGCUGGAUUGAUCUCGCUGGAGGCUGGACUCGUUGAGGAACGGAGCCUGGUCCCUGGAUGGCAGAGGGCUGGAGGCUGGAGGCUGGACUUAUAUGUAAGCGCACCCAAAUUUGAAUUCUAA